AUGCUCGACGACCGGCGGCGGCCGCGGCUCAUGCGCGAGCGCCACGUCGCCUACCUCAUGAAGGGCCUCGGGGGCCUCGGCGGGUCCUACGUCGCGUUGGACGCGUCGCGGCCGUGGCUCUGCUACUGGAUUUUACACGGCAUGGACCUGCUCGACGCGCUGCCGGAGGAGAAGAUCGACGACUGCGUCGCGACGCUGGCCAAGUGCCGGAGCCCGACGGGCGGCUACGGCGGCGGGCCGCAGCAGCUCGCGCACUGCGCGCCGACCUACGCGGCGUCGCUCGCGAUCGCCGUGCUCGGCACGCGGCGCGCGUACGAGUCCGUGGACCGGAAAGGGUUGUACGCCUUCCUCCUGUCCAUGAAGGACCCGAGCGGCGGCUUCCGCAUGCACGACGACGGCGAGGUCGACGUGCGGGGCACGUACACGGCGCUGGCCGUCGCCGCGCUGUUCAACGUGCUGACGCCGGAGCUCGCCGAGGGCGCGGCGGCCUACGCGCUGCGCUGCCAGACCUACGAGGGCGGCUUCGGCGGCGAGCCCGGCGUCGAGGCCCACGGCGGCUACGUCUUCUGCGCGCUGGCCGCGCUCGUGAUCCUGAACGCGACGGACGCCGUCGACCUCGACGCGCUGGAGCGGUGGCUCGCGCGGCGCCAGACCCGCGUCGAGGGCGGCUUCCAGGGCCGCACGAACAAGCUGGUGGACGGCUGCUACAGCUUCUGGCAGGGCGGCACGCUCGCGCUCGUCGCGCACGUGCGCAGGGGCCACACGCGGAGCGACGAGGCGCCGCCGGGCCUCCGCGCGCUCCAGCGCUACAUCCUCCUCUGCGCGCAGGUGUACCCCGAGGGCGGCCUCCGCGACAAGCCGGGCAAGAACCGCGACUACUACCACACGUGCUACUGCCUCUCGGGCCUCGCCGCGAGCCAGCGCCUCUACGGCGACGACGCGUCCACUGUCGUCUACGGCGACCCGGGCAACCUCCUCCACGAGACGCACCCGGUCUUCAACGUUCGCGUGGACAAGGUCGCCCGCGCCGCGGCCUUCUUCGCCGGCCUCCCCCACACCCACGCCGAGCUCACGAGCGCCUAA